GCCAACCAUGAGUUCAAAGAACCCAUCCACAGAAGCACAUAUCCUCCCAGACCCCUCAUCCGAACAUCACUCCCAAUCCUGGCGCAUAACCAGCGGCCUCGCUUACACACACUCCCGAGCCCUCCUCAUAGCCUACAAAUCCCAACCCACCGCCUUGAUCCUUUACGGUCCCUACCCCAAAAUCGCCAUUCACGGCCUCGGCACCGUCAAGAUUACCGUCCUAAAAUCUUCGUUAUCACCGGAUGAACACGUUAUCACGCUCAGAAACGUACUUCACUGGCCAGACGCGCCUACUAAUGCCUUCAACCCUCUGUUGAGAAAGAGGAAUGAAGGGUUGGGCGAUUUGUAUGAGGUAAGUCCUGAUGGGGCGAAGGGUUGGGUUGGUGACGAGCAGGUUUGGUAUGCUAGAAAAGAUGAGGGGGGUGCGUUGAGGUUGGUUGUGAGCGGAGGGUAUGCAGGAGGGGAUGGGGUGAGAGGGGUGUACGCUACUGAGGAUGAAGAGUCGGUUUUGGGGAUCACUGAGAAGGUUCCGUGGAAGUCAGAUGUUGUGACGCCUGAAAUGAUGGAGGAAGAGAAGCGGAAGGAGGAGCAGAAGAAGAAGAAUGAGAAGGAGGAGGAAUGCAGCUGA